AGGCUUUUGGUUAGUGAAGGGCACUGAUGUCGGAGGAAGGAGGAGCCCGGAGAUCUGAUCAUCCAGCAGCGCGUGCACGACACCGGCAAUGACUCGCGAGAAUAAAACACAAGAAACCUGCCGCUGUCUGACCGCUUUCCUCCGCUUUACGCUUCUUUUUGUCUUUCUACAACUCGGAAAACACCCGGCUAAAGGUUCUGUGGAGGUGAAGAAUGCAGACAGGAGGUCUUUUCAUACGAUGCUGUAAAACCAAAACAUAAUCGAGCACAAUCACCGCAGAAGAAAGAGGAUUCUGAUUAGCGAAGAGAAACAAAGGGAAGUGACAAUGGGGCGAAAGAAGAUCCAGAUUACCCGCAUAAUGGAGGAGAGAAACAGACAGGUGACGUUCACGAAGAGGAAGUUUGGACUGAUGAAGAAGGCGUAUGAGCUCAGCGUUCUGUGUGAUUGUGAAAUAGCCCUGAUUAUCUUCAACAGCUCCAAUAAGCUCUUCCAGUACGCCAGCACAGACAUGGACAAGGUCUUGCUCAAGUACACAGAAUACAACGAACCUCACGAGAGCAGAACCAACUCAGACAUCGUGGAAGUGCUAAAUAAAAAGGAACACAGAGGUUGUGACAGUCCAGAUCCAGACGCCUCAUAUGUCCUCACCCCUCACGCAGAGGAGAAAUAUCAGAAGAUUAAUGAAGAGUUUGACAAUAUGAUGAGAAAUCACAAAAUUCCAGCCACUUUGAGUCACCAGAGUUUCUCAAUGCCAUUGACUUUGCCCGUCACCAACCCCACCACCCUGUCCUACAGUACAAACGGCUCAUUGGACACCCCGGUGACCCUCAGCGGGACAAACAUCCUGUCUCUGCCCUCCAACACCCUUCAGACCACCAAUAGCACUGCUGGCAUCGAUGGUAUGCCAGCUUCCUCAGAGGUCACACUUCCAAACGGAGUUCACUCCAGUCAUGUGGUCAAUGGCUUUUCCGGCAAUUCUGAAGAAAACAGUAUUGGACAAGUGGUCUCUGCUAAAUCGUCCACAGCGAACCGCAAACUUGACCUGCGAGUCCUCAUUCCUCCUGUCUGCAAAAGCAGCUCUUCUUCAAUGCCGCCUGAGGAAGGAGAUGAGCAUUUGAGAACAGACAGCUCUCAGUCCAGCCAAUCAUUGAGCACACCUGUGGUAUCUGUGGCAACACCCAGUCUGCAUCCACAGGACCUCGUGUACUCAUCCAUGACAACAUCGUUCACUACAGCAACAAUACUAAGACUCAUCUUUGUUUCUUCCAGAACAACGCAACCUCCAGUUCAUUCCUCUGACUCCUCCACCAACUCCAUCAGCAUCAAAUCAGAGCCCGUCUCUCCACCCAGAGAGCAUUUGGUUUACCACAGCAGACCUCAACUCGGCUCCAGACCUGACGUGGGCCGAUCUCCGGCCGACAGCUUCAGCUCUUCUGGGAGUUCGUAUGAGGGCAGUGACAGAGAGGACCAGCGGCUGGACACUCAAACACACACCGCUCCAUCAGGAGCAGGCAGCAGAUCAUCUCCAGAGACAGAGAGCCAGGAGGACCCUUCAGUGAAACGCAUGCGCACCGACAGCUGGGUAACUUAGUGAUUAAACUACAUAUACAGACUGCUGUUCUGUCAAUCACAAAAUCAAUCUCAAGAUGCCUGUAUAGCAGCAGUAGGUGCAUUCCCAGUAUCCUUCAGAUUGCACAAAUUGAUAUUGCGAAUUGAAAUGUGUCAUUUCCGCAAAAUUGCUCCUGUCUUGUGUUUUAUUUUAUGCUCACAUCAGGUGAAUUUUAAGACUAUCUGUAGACUAUCGAGAAAAAAUACAGCUUAAGCAGUUAAACUCCGCUCCGUGACGUCAUCGACUUUCGCUUUAAGAUU